AUGCGGUUAGCGGUCAUGCUCGCCGCCAUCUACGCGACGACAUCGAUGCCGACGCGGAAAGAGUCUUCUGAAUCCAUGGAAGACGACGAUGAUGGUGAGGAAUGGGAAUGCGGCACAGACGCCUUCAGCAAGUACAUCAGCGAGAAUCAAAUAGAACUCGAUUGUCCACAUUUGAAGAAAAAUGUUAAUGGUUGCUGCAUAAAGCAUGACAAAUGCUACGAUGAUCAGCUGGGACGGAAGUUCUGUGAUGACACGUUCUGCGGAUGUCUUGAGGUCGUUACUAAUGGAUCGGAAAUAUGCCAUCGAGAAAACAGUCCACUUUUCUGCGGU